GUUUCCUGCCCUACUUCUUCGGAAAUCACGGAUUUGGUUCUUCUCCGGCCUUGCUGCUUCGGUAGUCACAACAGACAUCGACAAAGUGCAAUUAAUGGCGGGACGUGAUGAUUCGGUGGUUUCUGAUAAGAAGUCAAGUGAUGCAACAAAUGACAUACCAACCUUCCAUGCUGAGAACCUUCAAAAUAACAUGAAGAUAAUCUACUACAGUCGAACUUUCUUGUCCAUCAUUGGUGGAGUUAUUGCUGGAAUUUUGGGAUUCACUGGCUUGACUGGCGCUGUCUUUUAUUUUCUCAUCAUGGCAAUUACUUCUCUUGGACUUGCAGCCAAGGCAAAGUUCUCCAUUCAUGCAUAUUUUGAUUCCUGGAAUCGAAUUGUAUUUGAUGGCUUCUUGAGCGGGCUAAUGUCAUUCGUGUUGUUCUGGACAUUUGCAUAUGACAUUGUGCAUAUAUUCUGAGGGAGUGACUAUGAAAGAGGAGCUACUCAGUGCUCUGAAGGAGAAUAACCCUGCUUUCUCUAUUGCCUGUGAUGAAGUGCUUCUGUAAUACAUCAGGGUUGAGGAUUCUAAAGAAUCUUUUUGGUGUCGGCUUCUCUCA